AUGAGCCGCACCGCGCGUAAUUGGUGCCCGCGCAGUACACUGCCUCCACUGCCUACAUUGAUCGAGCUGGACGAUGCUACGGUCAAAGAUGCUCAGGUCGACACGAAGCUCGCCAAAGAACCCAUGACUGGGCAGCAGGAAAAGGACUUCGGAAACCUCUCGCUUAACAAGCCUCAAUCUGGCCAUCGUCACUGGGUGCCAUUCGCAGCUGAGGAGAACGAUCCCGUACAACCAGACGACCCGGAUAGCUGGCUAGCUCGGCAAUCCGAAUUCUCUAACGUACCCAAGCAACCGCGUCGAAACGGCCGUGGUAAGGCAGCCGCUCACCACGCUAGUACCGUCGAACCUGCCAACCUUACUUCUCCAACUACACCCCGCGCCACGGACCCAGAAAAUAAUCACAAGCCACCUAACAAGAGAUCCCCGCGCAACAAGAAGAAGAAGAUUGGCAACAACAUGGCCGGGCCAUCCAACGGAAAAGCGAGUGUUUACGUCCCUCCUCACCUCCGCAACCGCAGCUCUGCCGACGGUGGAAAGGCAGACUCUGCCCAUGGCAGCGGGGUUGCUGUCAAUGGAUCGCCUUCUACGUCCAACCAGUCGAAGCUAGCGAUGAACGGCAAGCCUGAUCUUAUCUCCAACGGUGCGAAUCAUCAGCAAGAUUCGUCUUCUUCGUCACCAACAACGUCGCGCGGCAAUGGAAAAAACGGGCUGCGUGGAUCUGCGAUGCCUGAGCCCACCACCUACAACGGCUGGGACCAGCCCAAGGCCGAGUCUCCACCCACUACCAAAGCUCCGGGAAAUCCACGAUGGCCUCGAGGUCCACAGCCUUUCAAAAAGACAGUCUGGCCCAAGUCAAAAGACAUGAAGUAUAUACCCUCAAGCAGCGACAGUGAUGGCGGCGUCAGCUUCAGGUCUAACAGCAAUGGAGACCCGGAUUACGACAUCAAGAAGCUUACAGACUGGAAUGGUGACUGGCUGCCCGCCCCUGAGACAUGGACUGGACGCAAAGGUCAUGCAGACCGCCAUUUUGGUGCUCAUAUAGAGAAGUGGUGGAACACACACCCUCCUGAAUGCAUCACGCCAGUGUACUUCCCGCCCGACACAUUCGAUGCUGGCAAAGAGUUGGCACCUCGUUACUGGCUCGAAGCAAAGGUUGGGGGUGAAACUCUCAGAGAGUUUUGGCAGACGAUGUUAACUACCGAGUCUGAGCCAAAACUCAUUGAUGAGAACGAUCUCGUCGACUACAUGCCUUGGUGGGAGCUUUAUGAGGACCUAGUCUACGAAGAGAUCAUCGAAGAUGAAGAAGGCCAGAGCCCGAGGCGAAUCACACACGAGUCUAGCUACAUCCACGCUCUGAAGGUACCGGAUGCUAGGGUCAACCAUUACGAUGAAAAAUACCCUUCUGCACCUGAGGAAUUGGCUUCCGCUGAAGAGAAGGUUCAGGAAAAGAACAGACGUGUAGAACAGAAGCGCAAAAAGACGAUGGCAAAGCGGAACCGGCCUGUCCCAGAGUCAAAGUUCCCCGUUCAACCCAUGGUAGAUCGCCGGCUGCGUCCUGAAGCCAACAUAUACAUUCGCCCUAUCCAGGCUUCGGAUGUUCUGGGCAUCACAGAAAUCUACAACUUUUACGUCAGGGACACCAUCUUCACGCCCGAGUUCGACGAACGCGAUGUGACUCAAAUUGCUGCGAGGAUCAGUGACAUCACCAGCGCAGGUCUUCCUUUUCUGGUAGCUGUGUCCAAGAGCAAUCAGCACAGGCUCGACCCAGGCUAUAAGAGCGAGAAGAUUGUCGGCUUCAUCAACCUCGACGACCACUGUGGUCAGGCGACUCAAUAUCGCUAUACAUUCGAUAUGGAGUUAUUUGUCCACCCGGGUUUCGUUUCCAAGGGAAUCGGCAAGUGCCUCGUGGAUCGACUUCUGGAGAUGGUUGAUACUAGCUAUCGCGCCCGCGGUGGCUACGAGUAUAUCAACAACUUCGACUAUCUCAAGACAGGGCCGUCAAGAGUUGUCAAGACUAUCUUGCUCAACGUUCACCACGAGAAUGGCGAUGACUUGGAUGCUGAUUGGCGAGGCAAUUUUCUAAGCGCUUGCAAGUUUAUCCGAGUUGGUAGACUUCCGAAGGUGGGAUACAAGCACGACAAGGUUAUCGACGUCUCGAUCUUUGCGCAUCAUACCAAGGAGGAUAUCGAUCCGAGCGCUCGUCCCACUGUAUCGGGCUGA